ACAUGGCAUCUUGUUUAGGCGUUGGGGUGUCAUUGUUUGGAGGUUCAGUUCAACGGAAUAGAGCUUCUUUAGUUAGGGAGAGGGAGAGGAGUUGUUCUUCAAUAGGCAAGGGCAAUGGAAGGUUGAAAUCUAAAGGUGAAGAGAAGAAGAUCAAGCUGAGAAAUGAUGUUCCAGAGAAGUUGGAGCCAUUUUGGGAUGAUGGGUAUGGAACUAUGACAUUGAAAGACUACUUUGCUGCUGUUAAGGAGUUUACUCGGCAUCGUGAUGGCGGUCCGCCGCGCUGGUUUUGCCCUGUUGCAUCUGGAUGUCCAUUAAAGGGUUCUCCAAUUCUUUUGUUCUUACCUGGAGCGGAUGGCACUGGAUGUGGCCUCAUUAUGCAUCAUCAAGCUCUUGGGAAGGCUUUCGAAGUUCGGUGCCUACAUAUUCCUGUUCAAGAUAGAACGCCAUUUGAAGGACUCGUUAAACUCGUUGAAGAAACUAUCAGGUCAGAGCAUGCUUCUUCCCCGAACAAACCGAUUUAUUUAGUCGGGGACUCAUUUGGAGGAUGCUUAGCACUCGCAGUUGCAUCACGUAAUCCUGAAAUUGACCUUGUUCUGAUCUUAACAAAUCCAGCUACAUCUUUUGGCAGGUCUCAAUUACAACCCUUGUUACCGUUGUUAGGAGCUAUGCCUGAUGCGCUGCACGAAACCGUUCUCUACCUUCUUAGCUUUGUUGUGGGUGAACCAUUGAAAGUAGCAACAGUCAAUGUUGACAGAAAGCUUCCUCCAAUGCAGCAAUUAGAAAAAAUGUCACUCAACUUGACUUCUCUACUGCCAUAUCUCUCGGAAUUAGUUAGCAUUAUACCGAAGGAUACCUUUCUUUGGAAGCUGAAGCUGCUCGAGUCAGCUGCUGCUUACGCUAAUUCUCGUCUCCAUGCUGUUAAAGCCGAAGUACUUGUGCUAGCCAGUGGCAAGGAUAACAUGGUUCCAAGUCGAGAUGAAGCCCAACGACUACGGAGAUUAUUACCGAACUGUAGAGCUCGGUAUUUCAACGAAAAUGGGCACGCCUUAUUAUUGGAAGAUGGUAUUGGUUUGAUGACAGUAAUCAAAUGCACUAACAAGUAUCGACGAUCAAGAAAGCACGAUAUUGUUUCGGAUUAUCUUCCGCCCAGUGUAGGAGAGUACAACUACGCUUUUACUCAAGUGACUGGAUUAUUUCAUUUUCUCGCAGGUUCUACAAUGUUCUCAACUUUGGGAGAUGGAACUAUAGUGAGAGGUCUUUCUGGAGUUCCUAAUGAGGGUCCUGUGUUGCUAGUAGGUUAUCACAAUUUAUUAGGAAUAGAGCUUGCUCCUUUAGUUGAAAGAUUUAUAAGAGAGAAGCAUGUUGUGGUUCGUGGAAUAGCACAUCCCGAGUUGUUCAUGGGAAAACUCGACUCGGAAUCUCCUGAAACUUCUAUGGUUGACUGGAUGAAAGUAUUUGGUGCAGUACCUGUCACUGCUAACAAUCUAUACAAAUUGUUGUCAGAAAAAGCUCAUGUUCUCCUCUAUCCCGGGGGUGCGCGCGAGGCUCUUCACUACAAGGGUGAAGAGUAUAAGCUGUUCUGGCCGAAUCAACAGGAGUUUGUGAGGAUGGCUGCUCGUUUUGGCGCUACAAUUGUACCGUUCGGUGCUGUUGGAGAAGAUGAUAUGGCACAACUGGUUUUAGAUUAUAACGACUUCAUGAAAAUCCCUGUACUUAAUGACAGCCUCAGAGAAGUAAAUGAGAAUUCUGCUAAAGUGAGGGAUGUGGGUAGCGGAGAGGUUGCUAGUCAGGUUCUUUUCGUCCCUUUGCUCUUUCCGAAGAUACCUGGUCGUUUAUAUUACCUGUUCGGUAAGCCAAUAGUAACUAAAGGGCGAGAGGAGUUUCUGAAGGACAAGAAAAACGCUAACGAUCUGUAUAAUCAUGUGAAAUCCGAAGUCGAACUUAGUUUAGCUUACUUGAUUAAGAAGCGAAAGGAGGAUCCAUAUCGAAGCCUUAUCGACCGAACGGUGUAUAGAGCCAUAUACUCCUCUCAACAUGAAGUUCCUACAUUUGACCCUUGAAUUUGGUUUUGUUCUUCCAUCCCAGAAGAAGAUGCCUAUACUAUAAACAGUUGAGAAUACAAAGAAAAUCCUAAGAGAAAUGGCUUACAGGAUGUCAUUUUUAGCUUAUAUUUUACCCAUGUUUCUGAUAUAU